UUUUCAUAUGCGCCGUGUGUACUCCGAAAUGCCGCAAAAUUAUUUCAAAGAAAAAAUAGCAGUAUGAUAAUGUUUAGUACAUUUUUUCAAAAAUCACACGUAGAAGGUGCUGUUUUAGUUUAUUGUUAAGUUAAUUGUAUGUAAAUAUGCGACUCGUCAAGCCUAAUUGGGUUACUCACGAUGGAUCUCCAAUUUUUUCUGUGGAUAUUCAUCCGGAUGGUAAAAGGUUUGCCACUGGAGGCCAAGGUGGAGAUUCCGGAAGGGUAGUUAUUUGGAAUAUGGAACCAGUAUUGAAUGAAGCAGCAGAAACUAAUGCAGACAUUCCUAAAAUGCUAUGCCAGCUGGACAAUCACCUUGCAUGUGUUAAUUGUGUUCGAUGGAGUAGCACUGGUUUAUUAGCCUCUGGUGGCGAUGAUAAACUGAUUAUGAUAUGGCGAUUUGCUCCAGGAGUUGGAGGCAGCACUUUAUUUGGUGGCAAAACUGGUGUAGAAACUUGGCGAUGUAUUGCAACAUUACGUUCUCAUAAAGGAGAUAUUUUAGACCUUGCAUGGGCACCUCAUAAUCCAUGGCUUGCUUCCGCAUCUGUUGAUAAUACAGUGAUAGUGUGGGAUGUAACUAAACAAACAAUUGUAUCAGUUUUAAAAGGACAUACUGGACUUGUAAAAGGUGUUACGUGGGAUCCUGUUGGAAAGUACUUAGCAUCACAAUCCGAUGAUAAAACUUUAAGAGUUUAUAGAACAAAUGACUGGAGUACAGCAAAACUAAUAAGAGAGCCUUUUGAGGAAUGUGGUGGUACAACUCAUGUUCUUCGGCUGUCUUGGAGUCCAGAUGGUCAGUAUUUAGUAUCUGCACAUGCCAUGAAUGGUGGUGGACCAACUGCUCAGAUUAUUGAAAGAGAUAGUUGGAAGACAGAUAAAGAUUUCGUUGGCCAUAGAAAAGCAGUUACAUGUGUUAAAUUUAAUGGAAAAAUCCUACAGAAAAAAGUCAGUGAAGCAAAUAAACCAAUACAAUAUUGUUGUGUUGCAAUUGGUUCUCGCGAUCGUUCGCUUUCUGUUUGGUCAACAUCCCUGAAACGUCCUUUAGUUGUUAUUUAUGAACUAUUUGUGUCAUCAGUGUUAGAUAUAAGUUGGUCCCCUUGUGGAAUUCGAUUAUGUGCUUGUUCUAAAGAUGGGACAAUUGUUUUUGUAGAAUUUACAGAGCAAGAGUUAGGGCACCCACUAAACUCUGCUCAGACGCUCAAUAUUCAAGAACGAUUAUAUGGAAAAUUAGCACAAGGCAGAUGUACAGUCAUGGAAGCACCCGAACUUCUUGUAACUAAACCGCCGGCUCCAUCAGUAAUUAAAGAAUCAACUCCUAUUGCACCUACUACUAAUUGUGUACAGAAUUCUAAUUCAUUACCAAUGAUGCCCGUUAAAGCACCUAUUAAUAAACAAAUUGAAACAAGAACUACGGAUGGCAAAAGAAGAAUUACACCAAUGUUUAUACCUCCGCCUCCUGAGGCAAUGGAAAAUAAUAUAAGUAAACCAGUUCCUACAUCGCCUUCACCUUCAUUUUCUAGUAGUACGCAAACAAAGAGUGCGAUAGUCAUUGAAAAACGUGAUGAAAUUGUACAGCCAAACAUUAGCUCUAAUUUAAAUCUAAAUGCAAAUUCAAAUUCCAUGAGCAUACCGGCAGAACCUACGACAACUCUAAAGCGGAAAGAACCAAGUUUCCAAAAAUCAAAUAAUGUAUUUACACCAUGCAAAAAAGGCAAAAUUCCAGUGGAAAGAAAUGGUAGUACCGUACUGAUUCCUCCUCUAAAAGCAAGUAGUCCUUUGUAUCAACAAGCUGGUCAUUAUGCAGUAUCGAUUACGAACAAUCAAAACUUGUCUCACCUACAAGUAUUUCACGGGACAAAUUCAGCACCGUUAUGGGAUCAUUUUUUAGGAUACAGUGUCACGGCAAUAGCAAUCUCACCUUCUAUUGUAGCAGUUAGCUUAGAAGAUGGAACCAUACACAUUUUUUAUAUUGCAAAAGGAGCUCGCGCUACACCGCCUCUUGCACCACCAUCGCCUUUAUCAAAGCUUCAUGCUGCUGGCAGUAUGAUAAUGGCCAUUUCAUGUUAUGGAGAUGUAAGAGUUUGGGAAAUAACAACAAAUGCUUGUCGACUUGUGGUUUCAACAUCUGCAGGACAUUUAAUUACCCCGGGUACCUCUAUAAUAAAUUGCAUGCUACUAAAUGGAAUGCCUCAUCUUGCCUUCACGAAUGCGAGGGCCUAUACGUAUAACAAGGAAAUGGGGACGUGGUUAUUGAUUGGUGACAGUCAGGAUCCAGUAUGGCGAUGGUCUGCAAUGAAUGCCUAUAGUAGUACAGGUCUUGGUGGUCGAACUCCAAAGGGUCCUCUCGCUGUUCUUCAAGAAGGAUUGAAUCGUAUGGCUGGUCUUAUACCACCGAUUCGAUUACCUCACAGUAUACCCUGCAUUACGUCGUACAUGGAACAACAAGUUUUAGCUUCGAAGGCUCUUGCGAGUUCACAAGAAUAUGUUCAUUGGUUACAGGAGUACGUCACAUUUUUGUGUGCACAUGAAGGUUCUGAAAAUCGUUUAAGGAUAGUAUUGGAUGAGCUCAUGGGUCCAAGUCAUAAUACUGCUAAUUUGAGUAUCUGGGAUCCUAUGAUUUUGGGUGUCAAAAAACAUAAGAUCUUAGAAGAUUCUUUGAAAAUUGUUGCUAAGCAUUUACGAUGGCAACGAUUGUACGUUGAAUAUAAGCAACAAUUGGAAGAAAUAAAGAAGUUAUGAGGUCUGCCGAAAAAAAUUAUAUAUACUUUCGUCGAUGCUGCAAAAAUGAACAAGCAAUUUGUAUAUUUCACAUACUAUUAACGAUAAAAUAAGACUGUACAGAGUUUGAUAUGAAUGAAUAAAUUAUUUUUAAUUUCUACAGCUAGAUGAUUUAAAAUUUUUAAAUGUAAUUGAUGAAAGAAUGUAAU